GGCGGGUCCCACUGCUCCAUCGCUGUCCCUCUGACUGCCAAACCAGAGAGGAGAUGGUCAAAUAAGAGCAUGAUCACACGCGCAAAUGCACACAGACAAACAUACACAUACUCAUUUUCCCCCUGGUGUGCAUGUAUGGCACAUAGACACACACACACUCACACAGCACUCCUAACAGUGGAUGCGAUAUUCCAGCUCUUCGCUGAUGUGUGCAGGGAACCUGCUUAGCAGCAGAGCUCCCUGGUUUGGCUUUGGUGAGCUAUGAACAGUGAGCCUUAGUACCUGGAAUAUUAAACAUUAAUUAUGCAUAUUUAGAACACAGCACAUUGCGGUGGUCUUCUUCCUGAAAUAUGUUUUCCUUUCCUCUUAAUUUUUAUUUGUAGCGUUUUUAUAUUUGUUCAGAUGUUUCAUUUUCUGAAUUACCGUGUAAGCUGUGUGGGCUGGAUGAUCGUAUGCUUGUGCGUGCGUGUGUGUGUGUGUGUGUGUUAGCUGUAUUUGUGUAUUUGUUAGCAUGCGAUUGUACAUGUGAGUGCAUUUAAGGAUCCGUGCAAGAGAGCGACUGCACAGAAACCUGUUCACUGCCCUGAGAAAACCGGAGCUGAAAAAGUGACUAUUGCUUGUACCUAAUAGGAGCCUGACAUUUGUGUUUGUUCUGUGUGGUGAGUCAGUAAUUGACCCUAUUAGGAAACGCAUACCAGGGAAAGCGCGGAGCUGUAUGCGACCAGCUCCCAUCAGACAAAUCGCCCUCGUAAGACUGACUCAAAGUGCUUUUGUACUUCCACCCAGCUCUUUCCCUUGCUUUUAUUUUCUUAUGGAAGGGCCCAGAGUGCCUUUUAACAGAACUGUAUCAUCGCCGCCGCGUUUCCGGCAGAAAAAGGUGCUUUAUUCAGAGAUUUAAUGGCAUCACUGGGAGGUUCAGAUCCGCUGUUUCGUUCCUUUCAGAGAGCGGGAGGCGGCUGUGCGUGUGCGAGUGCUGGACUGCUGGGCCACUGGGCUGCGGGUUCGAAUUAUUCCCCCAGGCUGUGCCUCAACAGAAAAUGCAAAAAGGUCAAUGGGCACCAGACGACAGACGAGCCGAUGGAGGAAGGGGAGUCCCUGUCACACUGUGAAGAGGGUGUCUACAAGGAGAUCCCUAUCACCCACCAUGUGAAGGAGGGCUGCGAGAAAGCCGACCCCUCCCAGUUUGAGCUGCUCAAGGUGCUGGGCCAGGGGUCCUUCGGCAAGGUAUUUCUGGUUCGAAAAAUCGUGGGUCCCGAUGCAGGGCAGCUUUAUGCAAUGAAAGUACUGAAAAAGGCUUCACUAAAAGUGAGGGACCGGGUUCGAACAAAGAUGGAGCGGGAUAUUCUGGUGGAAGUGAACCACCCUUUCAUUGUCAAGCUGCACUAUGCCUUUCAAACAGAAGGGAAGCUCUAUUUAAUUCUAGAUUUUCUCAGGGGCGGUGACGUCUUUACUCGAUUGUCCAAAGAGGUUAUGUUUACAGAGGAGGAUGUGAAAUUCUACCUUGCAGAGCUGGCCCUUGCAUUGGAUCAUCUUCACAACCUAGGCAUUGUUUACAGAGACCUGAAGCCUGAAAACAUUUUGCUUGAUGAAGCUGGUCAUAUCAAGCUAACAGACUUUGGGCUCAGUAAAGAGUCCGUAGACCAGGAUAAGAAAGCCUAUUCUUUCUGUGGUACUGUGGAAUACAUGGCCCCAGAGGUGGUCAACAGGAGAGGACACACCCAAAGUGCUGAUUGGUGGUCGCUAGGUGUCCUUAUGUUUGAAAUGUUGACUGGGACUUUACCAUUCCAAGGAAAAGACCGUAACGAAACCAUGAGCAUGAUACUGAAAGCCAAACUGGGCAUGCCGCAGUUCCUGAGCCUGGAAGCUCAGAGCCUUCUGAGAAUGUUGUUCAAGCGCAAUCCAGCCAAUCGCUUAGGGGCGGGGCCUGACGGGGUGGAGGAGAUCAAAAGACACGCCUUCUUCUCCACCAUCGACUGGAAUAAGCUGUUCAGGACGGAGGUCCAGCCUCCGUUCAAGCCCGCGGCGGGGAAGGCGGACGACACGUUCUGCUUCGAUCCGGAAUUCACCGCGAAAACCCCUAAAGAUUCCCCAGGCGUCCCGCCUAGCGCUAAUGCGCACCAGCUCUUUAAGGGCUUCAGCUUUGUGGCUCCCACCUCCCUGGAGGACAGCAAGGGCUCCUCCCUGGUCAACAUCCUCCCGAUCGUUCAGCAGAUGCAUGGUGGCGGAGCACAGUUCUCAGACUUGUAUGAUCUGAAAGAGGAUAUCGGAGUGGGCUCCUACUCGAUCUGCAAGCGCUGUCUCAACCGGGUCACCGGCAUGGAGUUUGCAGUCAAGAUCAUUGACAAAAGUAAAAGAGAUCCGUCAGAGGAGAUAGAGAUCCUUAUGCGAUACGGCCAGCACCCCAACAUCAUCACUCUGAAAGAUGUGUAUGACGAGGGGCGCUUCGUGUACCUGGUGACGGAGCUGAUGAAAGGGGGAGAGCUCCUGGAUAAGAUACUCAGGCAGAAGCAUUUCUCAGAGCGGGAGGCCAGCGCGGUGCUCUACACCAUCACCAAGACCGUGCACUACCUGCACUGCCAGGGGGUGGUCCACCGAGACCUGAAGCCCAGUAACAUCCUGUACAUGGACGACUCGGGGAACCCCGACUCCAUCCGUAUCUGCGACUUCGGCUUCGCCAAACAGCUGCGCGGGGAGAGUGGCCUGCUGCUCACGCCCUGCUACACCGCUAACUUCGUGGCCCCCGAGGUCCUGAUGCGACAGGGUUAUGAUGCAGCUUGUGACAUCUGGAGUUUAGGUGUGCUGCUGUACACCAUGCUAGCUGGGUACACCCCAUUUGCUAACGGGCCCAAUGACACCCCAGAGGAGAUUCUACAGCGAAUUGGCAGCGGCAAGUUUUCUCUGAGCGGGGGCAACUGGGACAGCGUGUCCGACACAUCCAAGGACCUGCUGUCUCACAUGCUGCACGUGGACCCACACCAGCGCUACUCUGCAGAGCAGGUACUGAAGCACUCGUGGAUCUCCUGCCGGGACGAGCUCCCGCACUUCCAGCUCACGCGGCACGACGCGCCCCACCUGGUCAAGGGAGCAAUGGCUGCUACGUACUCUGCACUGAACCACAAAACAGGCCAGCCGGUGUUAGAACCCGUGGCUGCCUCCAGUCUGGCCCAACGGAGAAGCAUGAAGAAGCUCACCUCUACUGACUUGUAGUGAACAACCGACUUCUGGACGGGGAUUGUGUGUGCGUGCGUGCAUGUGCGCGUGUGCACGUGUCUGUGUGUGUGCGUCCGUGUGUGCGUC